CUCUCUCUCUCUCUCUCUCUCUCUCUCUCUACUUCCAUGCACACCCCCCUCAUUUUCUCCCUCCCUCUCUUCUUCGUCUGAUGCGGCAAUCUCACCGUCGAUUCAAGGUACGGAGAGAUGUUAGAAGAUCAGGUCGCGUUCUUGCUACAGAAAUACCUUGGAAACUACGUGAGAGGCCUUAACAAGGAAGCUCUCAAGAUCAGCGCCUGGCGAGGUGAUGUGGAGCUCACAAAUAUGCAGCUGAAGCCAGAGGCGCUUAAUGCCUUGAAGUUGCCUGUGAAAGUUAAGGCAGGAUUUCUUGGAUCUGUGAAGCUCAAGGUUCCAUGGAGCAGGCUAGGUCAAGAACCAGUUUUAGUCUAUUUGGAUCGGAUUUUCAUAUUAGUUGAGCCUGCAACACAGGUUGAAGGAUUUAGUGAGGACACUGUCCAGGAAGCAAAAAAGACUAGAAUAAGGGAAAUGGAAAUGAAGCUGUUGGAGAGUGGGCAACAACUGAAAUCUGAAGUGAAUACAUCAUGGCUGGGCUCGUUGAUCAACACGAUAAUAGGGAACCUGAAGCUCUCCAUUACCAAUAUCCACAUUAGAUAUGAGGAUCUUGAAAGCAAUCCUGGUCAUCCAUUUGCAGCAGGCGUAACACUGGCAAAGCUUUCAGCAGUAACAGUUGAUGACGGUGGAAAAGAAACUUUUAUUACAGGGGGUGCACUAGAGCAAAUUCAGAAGUCUGUGGAACUUGAACGCCUGGCUCUUUAUUUCGAUUCUGAUAUUCAUCCAUGGAAUGUUGACAAACCAUGGGAGGACUUGCUUCCUUCAGAAUGGAGUCAGGUAUUUGAAAUUGUGAGUCAAGAUGGUAAACCUGAUAUUGUUCUUCCAAAAGAGCACAGUUACAUUCUUCAACCAGUAACAGGAAAUGCUAAGUAUUCAAAGCUUCGGCCUGAUGUAUCUCAGAGUGUGGGACAGCCACUACAAAAAGCAGCAGUUAACUUGGAUGAUGUUACAUUGUGUUUAUCAAAGGAUGGAUACAGGGACAUAUUGAAGUUGGCAGAUAACUUUUCUGCCUUUAAUCAACGUCUGAAAUAUGCUCAUUAUCGCCCACUUGUCCCAGUAAAAUCUGACCCCCGUCUUUGGUGGAAGUAUGCUUACAAAGCUGUGUCUGACCAGAUGAAGAAGGCAAGUGGGAAAAUGUCAUGGGAGCAUGUUCUGAGGUAUGCCAGGCUUCGCAAGAGAUAUAUCUCUCUUUAUGCUUCUCUCUUGAAAUCUGAUUUCACUCGAUUAGUGGUUGAUGAUGACAAAGACAUCGAGGAACUAGAUCGUGAACUCGACAUUGAACUCAUACUUCACUGGAGGAUGUUGGCCCACAAAUUUGUUGAGCAGUCAACAGAAUAUGACCAAAACUUGAAGAAACAAAAGACAAAGAGAUCGUGGUGGUCACUAGGAUGGACUGAGCAGUCCAGUAAGGAUGGAAGCGAACCAGUGCGUUUCAGUGAGGAAGACUGGGAACAAUUAAAUAAGAUCAUUGGCUACAGGGAAGGUGCGGAUGAGCAUUUGGUGGAAACUCAGGACAGGGAAAACAUGCUUCAUACCCUUUUGGAAAUCCGUAUGAAACAUAAUGCGACAAAGCUCAUCAAUGAGGGUCAGGAGUCUCUUGCUGAAUUAUCUUGUGAAGGGCUGAAUUGCUCCGUGAAACUUUAUUCAGAGGCGAAAGUUUUUGACUUGAAGUUGGGAUCAUAUCAGUUGUCAUCUCCAAAUGGGAUUCUUGCUGAGAGUGCUACUUUUGAUGAUUCUUUAGUUGGUAUCUUUUCGUACAAGCCUUUUGAUACUGAAGUGGACUGGAGUUUGGUUGCGAAAGCUUCCCCAUGCUACAUGACUUAUCUGAAAGAAUCCAUCGAUCAAAUUAUCAGUUUUUUCAAAAGGAGUACUGCCAUUAGUCAGACCAUAGCUUUGGAAACUGCAGCUGCUAUGCAGAUGACAAUUGAUGAAGUAAAACGUACUGCUCAGCAACAAGUGACCAGAGCGUUGAAGGAUCAUGACAGGUUUUUGCUGGACUUGGAUAUUGCAGCUCCUAAGAUUACCAUUCCUACCGAAUUUCGUCCAGACAACUUCAAUGCAACUAAACUUCUACUCAAUUUAGGAAAUUUGGUGCUUCGCACAGAGGAUGAGCAUGAUUCACCAGAAGAAAGUGAGCUGUACUUGCGGUUCACUUUGAGUUUGAGUGAUGUUUCUGCUUUCUUGGUUGAUGGUGACUAUCAUUGGAGUCGAACUCCUCUUGACACACCUACCUGUAUUAAACCAAAUUAUACUAAUUUCCUGCCUGUCAUUGACAAGUGUGGGAUAGCCUUAAAGCUUCAGCAGAUUCGAUCAGAAUAUCCUCUCUAUCCAUCAACAAGACUUGCUGUUCGUCUGCCUUCUCUGGGAUUUCAUUUUUCUCCUAUGCGUUACCAUCGACUAUUGCAAGUUGCAAAGAUCUUUCAGAAUGAUGACAGUGAGACCUCAGAUUUUCCUAAACCUUGGAAUCAAGCUGAUUUUGAGGGAUGGUUGUUUGCUCUUGCAUGGAAGGGUGUGGGAAACAGGGAAGCUGUAUGGCAGCGUAGAUACUUUUGUCUGGUCGGGCCAUUUCUUUAUAUACUGGAAAGCCCUGCUUCCAAAACUUACAAACAGUGUCUCAGCCUACGAGGAAAACAAGUACAUCAGGUUCCUCCGGAGCAUGCCGGCAAUGUGGAAAAUGUGUUAGCAGUUUGUGAUGCUGGGCAAUCAAACAUCAAGGUCAUCGAACUUGUCAAUGCACUGAUUUUACGAUGUGAUAAUGAUGAUUCACGGCGAACUUGGCAGAACCGCCUUCAAGGGGCUAUCUAUCGUGCAUCGGCUUCUGCUGCUCUCACAAGUCUAUCCGAAAUAUCCUCUGAUCCUGGGGAUACAAAAGUUGAACCUGUAGAUAACAGCAAUACAAUGGAUUCUGUGAAGAUGGAGAAAAUAUUUAUCACCGGUGUUCUUGAUGAGCUAAGGAUCUCCUUCAGCUCCAAUCAUCGAAGGAGCCAAAGUUUCAGGAAGAUGCUUCUGGCAAAAGAAACUCCUUUACUUGAGUUUCGGGCAAUAGGUGGUCAGGUGGAACUUUCGAUUAGAGGAAAUGACAUGUUCAUCGGCACUGUUCUGAAGUCAUUGGAAAUUGAAGAUUUAUAUAACUGUGAGGGAAUGCCUUUUCCACGGUAUCUUGCAAGAUCUUUAAUUGAGAGCACAGCUAUGACCACUUCAAACAUACCAUCAUCCCUUGCUGAGGCUAGACGCCAUACCUAUAGCAACAGAGAUCUGAAUCAAACCGAUGAUGAUGAUAAUUUCUUUGAAGCAGCAGACGAUCUAGUUGAUGUGGUUGACUCUCCUCUACUACUGUCGGGAAGUCCAUCUGAGUACUUUAGUGCCGAAAGCUCCCUUCCAUCUGACAAAUCCUCAAUAAAAUCUCCUAGCUUUACUCGUAUUGCUGGUCUACUCCCAGAUGCUGAACUUCAAGCUGGAAGUAAGGACUUUGGAAUGAUUGAUACAUUGGGUAGUUUUGUGAAAGCCCAAAUAGUAAUUUAUGACCAGGAUUCUCCUUUAUAUAAUGACAUAGAUAAGAAAGUGGCUGUGACCCUUGCAACCUUGUCAUUUUUCUGCUAUAGACCAACUAUUCUUGCAAUUCUGGAAUUUGCAAAUGCAAUUAACAUUGAGAAUGACAACAGUGCUGCUUCUGAAGACAGCAAGUCUUCAGCAGCCACUAUAGAAAUGGAUACUUCCAGGAGUGAUGCAAUUGGUGGUCCAAAUUCAGCUCUUGUGCAAGAGCCUGUCGUCAAAGGAUUGCUAGGCAAAGGAAAAUCCAGGGUCAUCUUUCAUUUAUCAUUGAAUAUGACUCGUGCACUGAUUGCUCUGAUGAACGAAAAUGGAACGCGGCUUGCUACUUUAUCUCAAAAUAAUUUGCUCACUGAUAUCAAGGUGUUCCCUUCUUCGUUUAGUAUAAAAGCUGCACUGGGAAAUCUGAAAAUAAGUGAUGACAGUCUCCCCAGCAGCCACUCAUAUUUCUGGGUCUGUGAUAUGAGAAAUCCUGGUGGAAGUUCAUUUGUUGAGCUUGAUUUCAGCUCAUUCAGCAUCGAUGAUGAAGACUAUAGAGGCUAUGAUUAUAGCCUCUUUGGGCAGCUUUCAGAAGUACGGAUCGUGUAUUUGAAUCGCUUCGUGCAGGAGGUUGCGAGUUACUUCAUGGGCCUUGUUCCCAGCAAUUCUAAGAGUGUUGUGAAACUGAAAGAUCAAGUAACCAACUCAGAGAAGUGGUUUACUACAAGUGAUAUUGAAGGCUCACCUGCUUUAAAGUUGGAUCUUUCACUCAAGAAGCCUAUAAUAGUGAUGCCUCGAAGAACAGACAGCCUCGAUUAUUUGGAACUUGAUGUGCUUCAUAUAACUGUCCAAAAUACAUUUCAAUGGCUUUGUGGUGACAAGAAUGAAAUGGGUGCUGUCCACCUUGAAAUAUUAACACUGCAGGUGAAAGACAUCCACUUGACAGUUGGCACUGGGAUGAAAUUCAGUGAAAGUAUAAUCCAAGAUGUCAAAGGACUUUCUGUUGUAAUUCGGAGAUCUCUUCGCGAUCUUUUGCAUCAAAUUCCAACUACAGAGGUUGCUAUUAAGAUAGAAGAGCUCAAAGCAGCAUUGUCUAACAGAGAGUACCAGAUAAUUACAGAAUGUGCACUAUCUAAUAUCUCUGAGACUCCACAUUCUGUUCCACCAUUGCAUCAGGGUCUUGAAGCGUCUUCUGAUGAUGUGAUAGAACAUCUAGACCAUCCACCUACAGAUGCGGUGGAAUGUGAAUCACAGGAUAAAGAAGAAUGGGUCACCAUGAAAGUUUCUGUUGCCAUUAGUUUGGUUGAAUUGAGCCUGCAUUCAGGAGUAACUAGAGAUGCAGCAUUGGCUACUUUACAGGUGACUGGUGCAUGGCUUCUCUACAAGUCUAAUUCAGUAGGAGAUGGCUUCCUUUUAGCAACACUUAAGGGUUUCACUGUUAUUGAUGACCGCGAGGGAACUUUACAAGAAUUCAGGCUUGCAAUUGGAAAACCUGAGAGUUUUGGAUAUUCCCUUCAUCACGUGGUUGAUGAUAAUAAUAAGAAUGUUGGUUCCCAUGAAACAAACAGGGGGAAAAACAAUGCUUUGACACCAUCCCUUACAAUGCUAAUUCUUGAUGCCAAAUUUAGCCAGUCGUCAACUGCUAUAUCUUUGUGUGUCCAGAGGCCACAAAUGCUGGUUGCACUUGAUUUUUUACUUGCUAUUGUCGAGUUCUUUGUUCCAACAGUUCGCAGUAUGCUAUCAAACGAGGAAGAUAACAACUCUUCACAAAUAGUUGCUGCAAUCAUUCUUGAUCAACCAAUUUACUAUCAGCCUUCUGCUGAAUUUUCACUCUCACCUCAGAAACCUUUGUUUGUUGACGAUGAAAGAUUUGACCAUUUUGUUUAUGACGGGAAAGGUGGCAGUUUAUAUUUACAGGAUAGGCAGGGAAGGAAUCUCUCGAGUCCUAGCCCAGAACCCAUAAUUUAUGUGGGGAGUGGAAAGUGGCUGCAAUUUAAAAAUGUCUUUAUAAAGAAUGGGGAAUAUUUGGAUUCUUGCAUUUUACUUGGAAGUAAUAGUAGCUAUUCAGCUUCAGAAAAUGAUAAUGUCUUCUUAGAGAGAGGGAAUAAAGGUCUUCUUCAGGAUGCUUUGGAGGAAAGGAGGGAGCAUGUACCAGCUCCAAAUGCUGAGGUUGGCAGGUCGACAGAGUUUAUCAUUGAGUUGCAGGCUAUUGGUCCAGAGCUGAUAUUCUACAGUACCUCAAAGGAUGUUGGUGAAUCCAUGAUUCUUUCUACCAAGCUUUUACAUGCUCAGUUGGAUGCAUUCUGUAGGCUUGUUUUGAAGGGGGACACAGUUGAAAUGAGUGCUAAUGCACUCGGAUUGACAGUGGAGAGUAACGGAGUUAACAUUUUGGAGCCUUUUGAUACCUGUAUGAAAUUUUCAAAUGCCUCUGGGAAAACCAAUAUCCACUUUGCUGUUUCGGAUGUAUUCAUGAAUUUCUCCUUCAGCAUUUUGCGACUCUUCUUAGCAAUUGAAGAAGACAUUUUGACGUUUUUAAGGAUGACAUCCAGGAAAGUAGUAGUGGUCUGCUAUCAGUUUGAUAAUGUUGGAAGAAUUCAGAAUCACCAAAGCGGCCAAACAUAUUCCUUUUGGAGGCCACGUGCACCACCUGGCUUUGUGGUGCUUGGGGAUUGCUUGACACCACUGAAUGAAGCACCUACAAAAGGAGUUGUUGCUAUAAAUACCAGCUUUGCAAGAGUCAAGAGACCUGUAUGUUUCAAGCUAAUUUGGCCGUCUUCAGUAUCUGAUGAUGUUUGUGUUCCCCAUGGUGCCAACACAAGUACCCAUGGUUUAGUAAUGAUGGAAUCAAGUGGUAAUGACGGUGAAAAAGAUGAUGGCUGCUCAAUUUGGUUCCCUGUAGCACCUCAAGGUUAUGUUGCUCUGGGCUGUGUGGUUUCAGAGGGAAGAGCCCAACCGCCAUUAUCCUCUGCUUUAUGCAUCUUGGCGUCUUUAGUUUCUCCUUGUGCCCUAAAGGACUGUAUUACACUCAGUUUCCCUGAACUAUAUUCUUCAAGGGUAGCAUUCUGGCGUGUGGAUAAUUCCCUAGGAUCUUUCUUGCCAGCUGACCCUAUUAGCAUGAGUUUAAUUGGUAAAGCAUAUGAGCUUCGUCACAUGAUUUUUGGGUAUUCAGAAGGGUCUUCCAAAGCAACCAAGAGUUCAAAUGUCCAAGAGAUUCCGAUGGAUCAUGAUCAUGCUCUUCAAUCUGAAACAUCUGCAGCUGUAACAUCUAGCCGGCUGUUUCAAGCUGUGGCCAGUUUUAGAUUAGUAUGGUGGAAUCAAGGUGCAAGCUCUAGGAAAAAACUGUCCAUAUGGCGUCCAGUUGUUCCAACUGGGAUGGUUUAUCUUGGCGACAUUGCUGUUCAAGGGUACGAGCCUCCAAAUACAUCUGUUGUUCUUCAUGAUAGUGGAGAUGAAGCAUUUUUGAAAGCUCCUCAGGAUUUUCAUCUUGUUGGACGAAUUAAGAAACACAAGGGAGUUGAAAGUAUUUCCUUUUGGUUUCCUGAAGCUCCUCCAGGAUUUGUUGCCUUAGGAUGUAUCGCGUGUAAGGGCUCACCAAAGCAUGCUGACUUCAGUGCAUUAAGAUGCAUACGUUUUGAUAUGGUCACUGGCGAUCAAUUUCCUGAAGAAAGUAUAUGGGAUACAUCUGAUGUCAGGUUUACAUUAGAACCAUUCAGCAUAUGGCCAGUUGGUAAUGAGGUGGGUACAUUUAUUGUCCGCAGUGGAUUCAGAAGGCCACCAAAAAGAUUUGCAUUAAAGCUGGCAGAUCCAAAUGCAUCCAGUAGCUCAGAUAAUACGGUCAUUGAUGCAGAGAUUAGAACAUUCUCUGCAGCACUAUUUGAUGAUUAUGGAGGACUGAUGGUCCCAUUGUUUAACAUCUCUUUAACUGGCAUUGGAUUCGGUUUACGUGGAAGACCUGACUAUUUGAAUUCAACUGUGAGCUUCUCAUCGACUGCAAGAUCAUUCAAUGAUAAAUAUGAUUCUUGGGAGCCCCUUGUUGAGCCAAUGGAUGGAUUUCUAAGGUACCAGUAUGAUCUAAGUGCACUGGGUGCUGCUUCCCAGCUACGUGUGACAUCUACAAGGGAUCUCAAUUUGAAUAUUUCUGUAUCAAAUGCAAACAUGAUUCUUCAAGCAUAUACUAGCUGGAAUAGUCUUAGCCAUUCCCAUGAAUCUUAUAAAAAGAGAGAAGCUGUUUCACCAUCUUACGAUGGAGGCUCAAUCAUUGAUAUCCAUCACAGGAAAAAUUAUUACAUUAUCCCAAAAAACAUGCUUGGACGUGACAUAUUUAUACGAGCUACUGAAAAUAGGGGAACCUCAAACAUUAUUAGGAUGCCAUCUGGUGAUAGUAAGCAUGUGAAGGUUCCGGUCUCGAAGAAUAUGUUGGACUCUCACUUGAAAGGAAAUCUCAGAAGGAUAUCUUGGAUGAUGGUGACAAUCAUUAUUUCAGAUGCUGAGUUACCCAAUGUUAACGGAUUGACUACUCACCAAUACACAACAUCGAUCCGCCUUUUUCCAAACCGAUUCAUUUCUAAUGAAACAUUGCUGCAGCAACAAAAUGCACGCACUUGUGGUGUCACCUCGGAACACUCCACAUCUUCUGGGCUUGCCUUGGUGAACUGGAGCGAAAUAUUCUUCUUUAAAGUCGAUUCACUGGAUUACUACGUGAUGGAAAUCACCGUGACUGACGUAGGAAAAGGUGAGCCUAUAGGAUUCUGUUCUGCUCCUCUGAAGGAGCUAGCUAGUGAGCUCCAUCCAAGUUUGAAUUCAUUUGAGUCUAGUCAUCACUUGCGCUGGAUGGAACUCUCCUCUGCAAAAUCAACGAUCACACAAGGAGCUAAAGAUAUUAAUUUCCAUGGGAGAUUAAGAUGUGCAGUACUCUACUCACCAAGGCCUGAGGUUGAAAAUGACGAGUGUAACUUUACUGAUGGCAGCAAAUCUGGAUUUAUUCAGAUUAGUCCUUCUAGGGAAGGGCCCUGGACUACGGUGAGGCUAAACUAUGCUGCACCUGCAGCUUGCUGGAGGCUAGGCAAUGAUGUUGUUGCCAGUGUAGUGAGUGUGAAAGAUGGUAACAGAUACGUAAAUAUACGGUCUUUGGUUUCUGUUUGUAACAAUACAGAUUUCAUGAUUGACGUGUGCCUCAACGCCAAAGCUUCUUUUGAAAAGCCGAGGUCGGAAGAUGAUGGCAAUAUCAAGCUUGAAGAUAAUGAAAUUGAUAUUGAUAGAUUUGAAACAGAUGAAUUCUUUGAAACUGAGAAGUACAAUCCAUCCAUUGGUUGGGUUAGUUGUUUCCCUCAUACGGCAUCUUCAGAUCAAUCUAGCUCCAAUCAGGGACUUCCAAAAUUUGAGUUGCCAUCAGGCUGGGAAGUGAUUGAUGAUUGGCAUGUUGAUAAUACGUCAGUGAAAACUGCUGAUGGUUGGGUUUAUGCUCCAGACCAGGAACGCCUAAAAUGGCCUGAUUCAUUCAAUCAUAUAAAUUAUGUGAACUAUGCAAGGCAAAGGAGAUGGAUCAGGAACAGGAAAUGUAUCUCAAGUGAUGGAAAGCAGCAAAUAUCGGUUGGGCCAUUGAAACCUGGAGAAACUCUUCCCUUGCCUUUGUCAGUCUUGACACACCCUAGGCUAUCUUACUUCUUACAGAUAAGACCAAAGAAUGUCAGUGAGCCAAAUGAAUAUUCUUGGAGUUUAGCAUUGGACAGGCAUGCUCAAUCAGAAGUUUCUGGUAAAUCUGAAGAAAUUUCUCAAAUUUAUUUAUCAUCUAUCGUUGAGUCUGAGAAACUCUUGUACUGCCCGCAAAAUGAUCAAAACUCUUCGAAAAAUUCCCAGGGUUUGUGGUUUUGUUUGAGCAUACAAGCCACAGAGAUUGGAAAAGAUAUCCAUUCAGAUCCCAUUCAGGAUUGGAAUCUUGUGAUUACCUCUCCACUGUCUAUCAUUAAUUUCCUUCCCCUAUCUGCUGAGUUUUCUGUUCUUGAAAAGCAAUCAAGUGGCCAGUUUAUUCCGUGCUCUAGAGGAAUAUUUCAUCCAAGCGAGACUGUCAAAGUUUAUAAUGCUGAUAUGAGAAACCCUUUGUACUUCUCACUGCUUCCACAAGGGGGAUGGCAGCCCGUACAUGAGGCUGUUCUUAUAUCACAUCCUACCAGCAUGCCAUUUAAGACAAUAGCUUUAAGUUCUCUCUCCGGAAGGAUUGUUCAUGUUAUUCUCGAACAAAACAAUAAGGAACAUUUAGCAGCAAAGGUUGUUAGAGUCUAUGCUCCGUAUUGGCUUGCCAGUGCCAGAUGCCCACCGCUUACAUAUAGGCUUUUAGAUAUUUCUGGGAGAAAAGGAAGAUGGCAUUUCUCUCUUCCACAUCAUCCUAACCAGAGCAAUGAAAAAAUCUUCAGGCAGAUCACUGAAGACGAAGUGCAUGAAGGGUAUACCAUUGAUUCUGCAUUAGACCUCAGACAAUUGGGCCUCUCAGUGUCAAUAAGUAGACCUGGGAAGGAGCGCUUUGGACCAGUUAGGGACCUUUCUCCUCUUGGUGGUAUGGAUGGUUCAAUUGAUUUAUAUGCUUAUGAUGCUGAUGGAAAUUGCAUCCGGCUCUUCGUUUCCUCAAAACCAUCCCCCUAUCAGUCUGUUCCUACAAAGGUAAUUUUGGUCCGUCCAUUCAUGACAUUCACGAACAGGCUUGGUGAAGAUAUGUUUGUUAAGUUAAGUAGUGGAGAUCAGCCAAAGGUUUUACAUGCAUCUGAUUCAAGAGCUUCAUUUGUUUAUUCUGAAGCAGAAGGUCCAGAAAAACUUCAGGUGCGAUUAGAGGAUACUGAAUGGUGCUUCCCUGUGGAAAUUGUGAAGGAGGACACCAUCACUGUUGUAUUGAGGAAACACAAUGGUGGUAGGAGAUUUUUGAGAACAGAAAUUCGUGGCUACGAGGAAGGAUCACGGUUCUUAAUUGUAUUCCGUCUCGGAUCAGCAAAUGGUCCUAUCAGAAUCGAGAACAGAACAAAUAGUGUGACAAUCAACCUCCGACAGUCUGGCUUAACUGAUGAUGCCUGGGUCCAGUUACAACCCCUAUCAACGACGAAUUUCUCUUGGGAGGAUCCGUAUGGGCAGAAACUUCUUGAUGUUAGCAUCCACAAUGGCAGCAACAUUUCUCUCAAAACAUUUACCUUGGAAAAUACAAAUGAAUGUUUCACAGAUGAAUGGGCAAAAGGCAUCCGGCUUCUUGUUCUAGAAAUGGGGGAUAUUAAGAUUGCUCGAUUUACGGAUGAUCCGAGAGCACUAGAAUUGAGUUCACAUGCAAAAAGUGAACUCAUGACGUCCAUUGGCAACUGGGGCACUCCAUGUAUGCAAAGUAAGAUGCAGAACAAUGCUGCACCUAUGGAGCUUAUAAUUGAGUUGGGGGUUGUUGGGAUUUCUGUAAUAGACCAUAGACCAAGAGAGCUAUUAUAUCUCUAUCUUGAGAGAGUAUUUAUUUCUUAUUCGACAGGUUACGAUGGAGGUAUGACAAGCAGGUUCAAGCUCAUCUUGGGUCUUUUACAGCUUGAUAACCAGCUCCCACUUUCAUCAAUGCCUGUGCUCUUGGCACCUGAGCAUGUGAUUGAUACACGUCAUCCAGUCUUCAAGAUGACUAUCACAAUGAGCAAUGAGAAUACUGAUGGGACACAGGUUUACCCAUAUGUUUAUAUCAGGGUAACUGAAAAGUGUUGGAGGCUUAGCAUUCAUGAGCCAAUUAUUUGGGCAUUGGUAGAUUUCUACAAUAAUCUCCGGAUGGAUCGCAUCCCCAAAAACUCAAGUGUCACACAAGCUGAUCCUGAGAUUAGAAUAGACCUAAUAGAUGUUUCAGAAGUGAAGCUGAAGCUGUCACUAGAGACAGCGCCAAGUCAGAGACCAGAUGGCGUCCUUGGCAUGUGGAGCCCCAUAUUAUCUGCUGUUGGAAAUGCAUUCAAAAUUCAGGUCCAUCUGAGGAAGGUCAUGCAUAGGAACAGGUUCAUGCGGAAAAGUUCUGUUGUUUCUGCCAUUGUAAAUCGUAUUUGGAGAGAUCUGAUUCACAAUCCUUUACAUUUGGUUUUCGCGGUUGAUGUACUUGGAUUGACAAGCUCAACGUUGGCUUCUCUCAGUAAAGGAUUUGCAGAGCUCUCUACAGAUGAGCAAUUUCUGCAUUUACGCUCAAAGCAGGUAUGGUCAAGGAGAAUUACUGGUGUAAGUGAUGGAAUACUUCAAGGGACUGAAGCUCUUGCCCAAGGCGUAGCUUUUGGACUAUCUGGUGUUGUGACAAAGCCGGUGGAGAGUGCUAGGCAAUACGGUCUGCUGGGGUUUGCUCAAGGGAUUGGAAGAGCUUUCCUUGGAUUCAUUGUACAACCAGUCAGUGGGGCAUUGGAUUUUUUCUCGUUGACAGUUGAUGGCAUUGGUGCAAGUUGUUCCAGAUGCUUGGAGGUCUUCAGCAACAAGGUUACAUACCAAAGGAUCCGUAACCCCCGUGCCAUUCAUGCAAAUGGUAUACUUAAGGAGUAUAGUGAAAGAGAAGCGCUUGGGCAGAUGAUCCUAUACCUUGCAGAAGCUAGUAGACAUUUCGGUUGUACAGAAAUAUUCAAGGAGCCUUCAAAAUAUGCCUGGUCCGAUUAUUAUGAAGAACAUUUCAUUGUGCCCUACCAGAGGAUUGUUCUAAUAACAAACAGGCGUGUCAUGCUGCUGCAGUGUCCGGCUCCAGAUAAACUGGAUAAGACACCCUGCAAGAUCAUGUGGGACGUACCAUGGGAAGAACUCCUGGCACUGGAGCUGGCAAAAGCAGGCCAUACAAAACCAUCUCACUUGAUUCUCCAUCUCAAGAAUUUCAAUAGGUCUGAACCCUUUGUCCGACUCAUCAAGUGCAGCAUCGAAGAAGAAGAGGGAGAACCCCUAGCCUCUAGAAUCUGUUCUGUGGUGCGUAAGAUGUGGAAAGCACACCAGUUGGACAUGAAAAGCUUGACUCUGAAGGUUCCUUCAAGCCAGCGGCAUGUACAUUUUGCUUGGGAUGAAUCAAGCGGGAAGGAUCCCCGCUACAGUAAGCCCAUGAUUAAGCCGAGAGAGUUCUCCUCAUUUAGUUCCAGUUCGGAUGAGAAGAGAUUUGUAAAACAUAGUAUCAACUUCCAGAAGAUUUGGAGCAGUGAGCAAGACAAUAAAAGCCGAUGCAUUCUGUGCCCAAAGCAGGCCAUGGAGGAAGGAGGAAUCUGUAGCAUUUGGAGACCAAUUUGUCCUGAUGGGUAUGUCUCUGUCGGGGAUAUAGCUCGUGUUGGCAUCCAUCCUCCAAAUGUUGCCGCUGUCUACCAGAACGUCAGCGGACUGUUUGCUAUGCCACUGGGUUAUGACCUGAUUUGGAGGAACUGCGCAGGGGACUACGUUGCACCCGUAUCGGUUUGGUAUCCCCGGCCGCCCGAAGGGUUUAUCUCAAUUGGGUGUGUUGGAGUACCCGGUUUUGCAGAACCACUGCCCGAUUCUGCUCACUGUGUGAGCGCAAGGCUUGCGGAGGAGACCAUGUUUGAGGAGACAGUAGCGUGGACCGCACCAGACUCGUACCCUUGGGCUUGUUAUUUUUACCAGGUACAAAGUGAAGCUCUUCAUUUUGUUGCAUUGCGGCAGCCUAAAGAUGAGUCAGAUUGGAAACCCAUGAGGGUUUCUGACCAUCAAUCCCCAAGAGUGUCGGGAGGAUGACUGGUGAGCCCCGCCCAUCUCUUUCCAAGAUGGCCUGCUCUUCUCCAUCCGAUAAUCUUGUGGCUCCUUUGUAUGGUUAAUUGUAUUGAACAUUACACACAAGCCAGAGGAAUCUAAGCAUCCUUGUGGGCUACAAGAGAUGGUAGUGUGCACUAACCAUUUUCUAGAGGAGGAUUCUGCAAGAGAGCCUGUGUGUAAUGAUUGGAUGAACAAAAGAGAGAAGAAAGAAGAAAUAAGAGAGGAAUGACUGUAUGGGCUCCACUUGUUGCAUGAAGGAAAAUGGAGAAAUGCAAAGCCUACUACUAGACUA